CAAAUACAGAAGCGGUACAGUGAGGCCAAUUUGUAAGGUAGGCUGUGCCCUAAUUUUAGCCGGAGAAGAUCGAAUUAUGGACGGAAAACUGGAAAUCUCUCUGGACAAGCUCCCUAUCAAGCGCCUGGAGGUCAUCGAAGAGAACGGCCUCGAACGAUUUCCACCCGAUGUAGGUUACGAGGAGAAGCGGGAGUCGCUGAUUCGGAGAAUCGAUUUCGCUUGGGCGGUGGAGAAGGACGACAAGAACAACAAGCAGAAGAAGCGCUCCAGAGAGACCUCCGCCGCGCAAUGGGAGUUUCAGAGCAUGGUCGACAAUCUACAGUUGGCUCACCAAGAGCUCUCUGUCAUUAUCGAUCUCAUCAAUACUGUGGAAGCUAAUGAUGCAGUUACAGUAGCUAGCAUGACCCGGCCGAGGCCAUUUCCUAAUGAAGCUCUGUCUGAUCUUGCUGUGUCUGCCGCCACCAAGCUACAAUGCUUCCGACAUCUUGGAAAAUACUUUAAGCAGUCUGCCAAUGCUUUGGAGCAACAGAUGGCCAGGGAAGCAAGAUUUUAUGGUGCACUAAUCAGAUUGCAGCAGAACUGGAAAGUUAAGCGGCAGCGUGCGGUAGCUUUAGCUUCUGGAAAUGAAGGCUUCACCAUAGACCUGUUUGACAAUUCAUUAUAUGAUCCUGCUGGAAUCUUUAGGCCAUCCCCUCUGUCUACAGUUUGUGUUGACCAUGACUCAGCUGGCAUGCUGGCGAUAAAUUUACCUCCAAAGUCAUAUCACUCUCUUCAGUUUGGUUUUCUCAGUGCUUAUACAGAUGAUAUGCCAAUUGAUUCCAGUAAAACCAAAACUCAAUCCGCAUGUGAUGCUGACAAAGAAUCUGUAAGUGAUGACGAGUGUGUUAAAGAAACGCAUUCACUUCUUCGUGAAGUCCAUCAAGCGAUCUUCAGUGAGCAGGUAUUUGACUUGGUAAAUCGUGAAGCAUGUAACCAAUCAUUAGGAGUCACUGUUACUGGAAUACAGGAAAACUAUAUACAAUUGAAUAUAGGUCAAGAAACCUCUGUGUUCAUAUCCCUUGUCCCAACUAGUCAAGGUGAGGAAACAGUUGAUAGUUCAAGCACCCAGAAUUUAGAGAAUGCAAUUCUACCUUUGGAUACACUGGAUGGACUGAAUUUACCAGAGGAUAAACCGGAUACCCCCAAGAAAAAGUCAGUAAUUCCCAACCAAAUUAGUUGUGAAAUAUAUCUGCUACAGAUAUUUCACCAGCAUGUAUUUCUCAAAGCUAAGGAUAGACCCACUUCCGGAGGUGGAGUAUCUGGCCAACCGGCAAAAGAAGGGUCUGGUCUUCUUGGUCACUUCUGCAUGUCUUUGGCUCAUCGGAUAUUUUCAAACAAAGUUCUAAUGGAGCUGGAAAAUGUGGUUAGAGGUGUACCAUAUAUGCAGUUGACAUCUCAUCCCACUUGGCAUUCACGGACAUCGUCAUGGACACUCUUUGUGAAGAUACCUCAAUCUAUUCUACAUGCAUGCCAAACCCGAGCAUCAGACUCACAUCACAGGAAGCAUGUUACCAAGUCUCAGUUUCAUACUAAGGUGGUUGUAACUGAUGAUUGCAUCAAUGUCGAAGGGGAAGGUGCUCCUAAUGUUGUAGGCCUGUUCAAAGGGACUUCCCAGGAAAUCUGUUCAAUGAAUAGAUAUGACUGUGAUUUGGCCGAUCUUUCUGUGAUAAUUUUACAGCAGGUUGCAAGCCAAGUUAUACGCUGGCUCCACGAAGAAGCUCUAAUGGUUGGAAUAAAAGCAAACUGGGACUUCCUAUGUUUGUCUUUUGAGCUGGAGCAGGGUGAAACACUAAGCUUGGUGGCACAUGUGGAUCCAGAAGAUACUGAAGGAUGCAUCUCGUGGUGGUUGGUCAUGGAGGAUGGUUUUGUAGAAGAACGAAAACUCAGUUUGGACAUCUCGGAUGGUGCAUCCGAGUCUAGGAAGUUCUUAGGCCAUCUAUCCUUGGAAGUGUUAUAUUCGACAAUGAUGGACUUGGUCGGCUUGUGCAAUGGAGGUGGUAACUGAUGACCAACCAUGACGUUCUUUGUACUUUCCAAGAGAUUGCUUGUGGUUGAUAAUAUUUUGCUAGUGAUAUGUCAAUAUAAUCAAUACAGGUUAUUUUUAAAAGUGGGUCGACUGCACAAGGCAUGGGCCACAUGGCUAAUUGGUUUUUCUUUCCUGUUUGGUCCAUAACUGGCUAAUUGGCUUUUCUUUCCUUUUUGGCCCAUAACUUAUCUGAAGAAUGUCAAGCAUUUGUUGUUGGUUAGCGGAGUAAUUUGAACUUGGGCUCCAGAUGGGUUUGUUCUGGAAUUCUUGUUUGGGUCUUUGACACUCUUUUUUAGUUUCUGUGUUCAAAUUUGAGCUGGUAUUGAGGGAGAUUGAGUUUCUGAUCCAUUGGUUAUUUUAGAUUGUUUGCUUUGAUGAGCAUGCAGAGUUCUUUUAGUUUAAGUGAUAACUAUAGGGUGAUCGAAAACCUGUACUGCAUUCUCUUUAUACCUAUGUUUAUUUUGCAUUUGAUUUUCGGAGAUUUUGAUAGAAGAUAUUGAAAGACACUGUGGGUUAGUAUUGAUAUUAGAGGUUUAGAAGGAUCAGUAGAACAGGACAAAAGUGUUACUAGAGUCUUUGUGGAAUUGUGGACUGGGUUUAGCAAUUGGAGUGGUUUGUGCUGCUUGAGGAACUUGUAGGUUGAUUGGUUUAAUGGAUUGUAUUGUGUGUCACUAUGUCGGGUGGCACACCAACUGGUGGAUAUAUGAGGCAGAGGCAUAGCCAGGGCUAUGCGUCAAGUGGAGAUGAUCUUGAGGAUGAUGCAUGCUCGAUGUUUCAUAGUUCGCCAGCUUCAAGUCCGAGAGUUUGAUCAAGCAGAGAUUGCAGAGAAUGUAAUUUGGCUUGCCACAGCUGCAGGCAUUGUAUGCUUUGGUGAUUCGAAAUCCAACCUGAUGUAUCUCUGGUGGCACGAUGACUGAAUGAGAAGGUUGCCGUUUUAUAUUGGGAUGGUGGCCGUGGUUUUGAAUAUUAUCAUCUUGCCGUUAUACAAGUAUGUCAGCAUGGAGUGUCAGGCAAUUUGAUAAAAAAUGGGAAUUAGCUAGUGUAUCUGCUCUGUUAUUUGUGACACUACUUGGUGCCAUUUCCUUUUGCCUGUAAGAGAAACCGUAAUUCAGUUGCCUUCUACAUUCAUCAGGUGUUGUGUUUACGUCGCUGCUUCUGACUUGUUGAUCUGUUCUUUGGCGGGUUCUGCCAAAAUGGGGGUUCUUGAACCUUCCCUUCUGGUACAGCCUAACUUUCAUUAUGUUCACGUAGGUGAACAGUUAUAGUACUUGUGGCAACUGUGUAAUUACUCUAUUCAAGUUCCAGUUCAGGCUGUUUAUGGUAGGCAUGGUAAUAUUUCAGUACAUUAUAAUUGGGAUAUGUAGGAAACAACAUGAUGCGCUGCGUACAGAUAAUGCCUCCUCAGAUAGUGAGAAACAAUACUAAGAUAGAUCAUGAGCUGCUAACUCAACCAUGGACGGACUGUCACAUCAGUAGUGGAUCGAUUAUUGUCUUUCAAUCAGUUGGGUUUCAUAUUUACAUACAAUUUCUUUUGAUGAUACACCUGAUAGUACAACAGAGUUCUUUACAAACCUGGAGUGGACUGUUUGGGAUGUUGAUGCCGGUGAGCAUUAAUUGUGUAAAAAUGUUGAAUCUUCUGGAUUGAAAUGAUGCCUUUGUUUCUGAUA